UUCAGCACUCUUUCCAUCUUUUUACAGUCCAAUCCUUUUUAUCCAGACGUAAAAUUCAAAGAGCAUGGCCGCUACUGAGUCAAUGUCCAGUUUUCAGUCAAGACUUUCUGACCAGGUGCCAUCCAAUUCUUCAGCUUACCAUUCAAGUGACGCAAAAUUUUCGGAAACCGCUCGAGAUUUCAUACUUUGGGAUAACCAAUUUGGUGUUUUCGCGUUGCAACGCGUCGGAAAACUGAAACUUUUCACAGUCGAUCCUUUCGAUAUGGCUUCGACCACAGGAUUACAGACAGAAAUACCACCAAACGAAGUUGACAUGGCUGUGAAUGUUGCGACUGGUUUUCAACACGAUGCUAUGCAGGAAGACACAGCCGAGACUAUGAAUACCGAAGAAAAUGACACUGAUCGCAUUACUACCAAUGCCGAAACCUCGUAUGGCCACGAUCUUAAUCAAACGGCCAACCAGCUUCAGCAUCUUCAAGUAAACGAUGUGGCUCAUUCAAAAGCCGGGAAGACCGAGUCGAAGGGAGUCAUGAUUAGAGAUGGAAAACUUGUAUAUCCCGAAAGAAAGCUUAGAACAAACAACCAUGAGACGGUGGCAAAAGAUUUGGUCGAAUUCCGAAAAUAUCGAGCGGAAGUAUCCGCAUCCAUGAAGACAGACGAACCCUUUUCUAUAUCAGAAAGAUUUCAUUCGCUCAUUUCUUUGCUUGUGCAAGACAGCGAUGAGGCUAUUACAUCAUUGUCAAGUAGAUUGAACGACACCCUUUGCCAAUUCGAUGCAUAUGAUUCGGACUCGGAUGAUCCAGAUGAUAAGCAGUUUAACGAUGCUCUUGAAUCGACUAUCAAAAAUUUGGCGUCGCGUGAAAGAUAUGGUGUAUCCAACGACGUUUUGCAAGGGCUGACAGAUGUUCCGAAUGUCGUACCAGCGCAUUUAUCAAUAUACCGAUGGGAGGUGAAGGACAUAUCAAAUUUUCCGAACGACAUAAAAAGUGCGGUCGAAAAACGCAGACGAAAAAGGACAGAGAUGUCGACUAUUGCUACUUACAUGUUCCGGACGUUGACAAGCGAGCAACAGUUGCAACUGUUAUGCGCCAAACGGAAAAAGAACUCUACUCCACUGCCCCGAAUCAAUGUAACCCCCACAGGUCUUGAAAUCAUGUUCUCUUCUAAAGAAAAUAAUCCUAUGACGAAUGGUGAGAGUAUGGUAGUGCUGGAUGAAAAGGUGAAGGAACCGGCCGAGGCGAAGAAAAAGGAAUCUGCUCGUAAAGUGACAACGGAGGAAAAAGAAGCCGACAUCGAGGAACGGAAAAAGAAAGAAGCCGAGGUUGAGGAAAAGAAGAAGAAGAGGGAGGAAGAACGCAAAAAGAAGGAAGAAGAAAAGAAGAAAAAGGAUGAAGAUCGUAGAGUGAAAGACGAAGAGAAGAAAAAGCGAGAAGAAGAACAGCAGCGAAAAGAAAGAUCUCAACUUCGUCUUACUUCCUUGUUCAAAACAACGGCUGACGAACGACCACUAACCACCGUAGAAGCGCCUUCUAUGGAUUUUCAAGGCCAUCAAGCCUUCCCACCAUUUCAUGUGAAAGAGCAUGUUCAAAUGGCGGAUCCAGGUGCCUACAAAUGCUCCUUGUCUACGGACUUUGAGGAUGUCAUAAGUGGUCACCGAAAGGAAAACGAAAGCAAGAGUACAACUGGAGCGUUACUCAAUGAAUUCAAGGAGUCAUUUGGAUCUGCUCUUCGGCGGCGACGAGGUGUAGAACACAACAUUGACCUCCGUUCACUAUUGGGUCAUGAUCCAUCUAUGCCUUUAGCGACGGCAGCAUCUUUCGAUGGUCAAGACCUACGCUCUAUGCUGAAGAUGAAGUUCUUGCAAUUCAGAGAAGAUAUUCGACCGGCGUAUUGGGGUACUUGGACAAAGACAAGCAAGAAAAUUCUCGCACGGCGGCCGUUUGCCAUGGAUACCGAGCACCUCGACUACGACCAUGACAGUGAAGCCGAAUGGGAACCAGAAGGAGAAGGCGAAGAUAUCAAGAGUGGCGAUGAAGAAGACGAAGAUGUGGAUGUUGCAGACCCUGAUGAUGCUGGAUGGCUGGUCCCUGAAGGUUAUCUCUCCAACGAUGAAGGAAUAGGCAGCGACAAGGAGGAAGAAGGUGUUCGAACAAAUACGUCGUCGAAGAAACGAGGCCCAGUGAAGCAAAUAUGCAUAGGAGUCAUGUUUGACGAUUCAUCAGAUGACGACGACACACUUUCUGCGUAUGCCAUACAUCAAUUAGCUGCUACAUUCCCAAUUAAUCCAUUUGCACCAAUACCAAGUAAACAUGCAUCUGACACCGCCGAUAACAACGGCGCAUCAGCUUCAGCGGCGACAGAUAAACGACCGACUGCCUUCCCAGUCGAACAUACACCACAAUUAAUAGAUGCAAUCAAAGGCAAAGCGGAAGGAAUGCCAAAGCUUAUAGCAGAGGUUAAAGCUAUGCAAGGAUUUGAGGAUGUCUCCAAGCGACAAAUAGAAGCAACCAUAAAAAAUAUUGCUGUCAAAGAAAAGCGCGGUUCAGAUGCACGUCCAAUAUGGUAUAUAAAAGAGUAAUUAGCCAAAGAGAUGAUAGCGAGUCUUAUCUUCACUUUGACAAUCAUAAAAAAAAAAUACCCAAUUUCAUACUUUUCUU